AUGGCUCCCGUUCCGGAAGCCUAUUUCCCGUCCCUGGACAAGUGCUUCUCCGGGGACGUCCAGCUUUUGUCUUGGAAGAGAGUCUUCCUCUACACGUGCGACUCCGAAAACAUCACCGAUGAUACCUGUGUCUUCCAGUCGUUUUUGUCACACCCAGAUAGCGCCCAGUUGCUUUUGAACCGCGGAAGCGUCUUUCCCUCGCGGUCGGCCAAGACAAAAUCCGAGUUCGAGACGAAAACGGCAGCGAUUCAUGCGGAGACGAAUGCGCAGGCAUCUUAUGACUUGAAGGAAAUCAAAGCCGAUGCUCUUUGGCUGAGUGAAAAUGCUGGGAUCGACGAGGUCAACGCGCUUCGAAUUGUGGUCCUGGAAUGGCAAAGUCGCCCUGCCUCGCGCCUCUUAGGCCGACUCGCUGAUGAGGAAGCUACCAGCUUGAAAGGAGCAGCUGGGGUUGAUACAUUCCGUGUGUCACUGGCAGGGCCGAGUUUCGCUGAGAUUUUUAACACCAAACCCGGAAAUGAAAACAGCGACGCGGAGUUUGUUUCGGAGAAGAAUAGGCGCUUGCGCCUUCGAGAGGCUUACCUAUCUGAACGAAGUCACAUUGUCAAAACAGCUAGCAAACUUUUGUCUUUAUUUCUAGAUAGCGACGGUCAGGUUACCACACCUCAACAACAGCCGGGUGGUUCCAGUGACCUCUGCAAAUUGGGCGGAUCUAUCUUCAAGGGUAAAGCUAGGGGGAGGGAAUCGCAUACAUUCGCUCAGGAAUGCAUCAAAGGUAUACAGACACGCCUCCAGGCUCUCGAUGGUGAAGGUGGCUGGCUGGACGCCGCUGAGAGCAGCGAGGAACUUGAAAAGUUAUGGAGGACAACCAUUGUGGACGAGGUAUCGCAUUUACUCCAAAGUCUGUUCAUGCAGCUUCAGACGUCAACAGAAAUUCCUCCUGCAGACCUCCUUCUGUCCUGGCUCCGUCUAAUGGUUGACAACGUCUUCCUUGAAUCCCUCCAGGCCCCAUGUGAAAACCCUGUAGAGCUCCUUUUACCCCUUCAAGGCUUUGUGUGCUUGAUCACCCUUGCUUUCCUGAAGCUUUCUUUUUCCAUUCCCACCAUUCUUGGUGAUGAGGAGAAGAAAAACACGUCCUCCAAGCUCCCAUAUUUUUUGUCCAAAGACGACAUUGGCCAGAUCAACGAAUUGUUCACGACCGUCGGGCUUGAAUCGAGGACUGCAAGUCCGGCAGCGUUCUCAUGGGGCCUUCUUCUACAUACCAUGGGAGAACUAGCUCUCAGUGAUAAAGAGACCCGCGAGAUGGAGCAAUAUCAAAGCGCCGUUGACUCCUUCCAGUCAAACACGCCACACUCAAACAGCGGUCGCGGCGCUGAAAUAUCACUCUUUGAGGAGCUCCUCGAAGCUGCUCGCACGCCACGAUUCACUGUUGACGAGUCAAUUGCGCUUCUCACUUCGGAUGCGAUGAAGAGCAUUGCCUUUGACACCAUUAUCAUUCUAGCCCAGAAAAUGGGACCAUCGUCGGCUGUUGAUGAUAUAAUGACCAAUCGUUGGGCUCGCACAGCGCUCCUAGACCUCGUUCGGUCUAUGUUGAUGUACAUGGAUUAUUCUCCAGAGAUUGUACAGUCUGUCUUGGCCAUUUUGGCUGGACCUCUGUCGAACUCAGCGUGGCCUUUGGCUUCGUCCUCGGUGUCGCCGAACGAUCCGCGGGUUGUUUUCAUGAAAGAAGAGCCCCUCAUGAACGGCGUUUUACGGGUUGCACGCUCAAGGUUUCCUUACGAAACAGUGCCAUUCUUGAAGCUUUGCCGUGCUCUGCUCAGCGCCGAUCUUGUCAACGAAGAGGGAUUCCCUCAAAUCUUGAACGAGCUAGAAAACAUGGAGUCAUUCACUCAGGUUAUUCCAGACCAUUUCCAGGGAUAUGAAACCAUUCGGGAGGACGAAGACGCCAACUUCGUUAGCCUCCUCGAACCUCUACCAAUGAUUGAAUCCACCCUGCGGAAACAGACACAAACCCGACAAGUACUCGGUAAUGCUCUCAUCGUCACCGGUUCAUCGGAGCUCCCUUCAGAAACAGUGGGUCAGAUUGUCUCAGAGUCUAGGCCUGCUGUCGUGAUGUGGCAGCACCGAUAUUCCUGCCUGAGCUACCUUGGAAGCCGACUCCAGGAGUGGAGCGUUAAUGGUGGGUUUUCAGAAGAGUUCGGAGAUGACUGUGUUGCAGAAACAAUAUGGUUGUUCACGGAUCUUAUUAUUGCAUCCACAAAUACCCAGGGCCGCGGGAACGAUGAUUCCGCCGCGAAGAGCAUUUUAGAAAUGGCCAGUGAUGGUCUUUUCGGCCAGACCGACAUUAUUGGUCUUGUUUUUGACAUCUUUGAGCGGAACCUCCAAAGUGUCAGCUCCAGAACUGCCUCCGAAGGCGUAGUCGAGUCGGCGAUCGCUUGUGUACACUUCAUUCGCGCACUCGUUGCAGUUCUACCGAACAGGGUGUGGCCCUUGCUGUCUCGAAGCAGCCUGCUUGGCAGCGAUGGGAAAGGUGGCAUGAUGACUGCGAUCGUAUCUGCCACGGAGGUGACAUCUGGAGAAUACCCAUUUCUACUGGCAUCUAUACGCUUAUUUGAAGCUGUUGUUGACGACGCAAUGUCCCGCGCUGUCCUGAGGCGAUGCCCAGCUGGCAAGGCAGGUAUUGUUUCGGACUGGACAUCGGGAGUUCCAUCACAUAUUAUGAGAGGCAUUUUGCUCAACUAUGUUCGAGUCAUGGUCGAGGUGUAUAACAGCAAUGGAAAUUGGAGAUUCAACGCUCCCGAGAAAAAGUUUGAGAUCACCACGGCGAUCGCACAGGUGCUCGAAAGAAUAAUCUACUAUGCUUUUGGUACGAACGAUGCUGCUAACGGCAAGUUGGACUCGAAACUUACCGGCGUCUUUUCGUCGUCGGCCACAUACAUUUUGGACGUCCUUCGACCACAGUCCGCGGGCGAUUUGCCCUUCAAUCCCAUUCUUCGGCUGAUCAUCGAUGGCCUACAAACUCCUCCCACAUUAUAUCUCCGUUUCUUGAACCUAAUUGAAAAACAAGUUAUCUCCACACUGGAGCUGUCAGCAAGGCUACUACAGGCAGCUCAGCUCACCGAAUUGCCGCCAUCCCUACUGGAGGAACAGCUCUUCAAAGCCACGCCGGUCCUUGUGAAGCUAUAUGCGCUUCAUGGCCCUUAUCAACUUCCCACCCUCUCGCUCUUGAACACCCUGGUUACCACUGCUGCAUUAGACUCUAGCAACGAACCACCAUCACUAGUUGGUCACCUGGGAGCCGAAUCGUCACGUCUUUUCCUCGACGUUCUGUCUCGAUUUGACAAACCUCUCAGUGACCCAAAUCUACAGUUAUCUGUGUGGCGCUUGCUGACAACUCUGGUUAGCAAACGGCAACAGUGGCUUGCUGUCUAUAUCCUCACAGGCUCUUCUCCCCGUGAAUCCCUCAAGAAAACAGAUAAAUCCGCUGCCAGAGGCACGCCAUUUUUACAAAUGGCGCUCGACAAGCUCUCGAGUAUCGACCAAAUUUCUCCCCAGGUCGCCCUCUCACUUCUCGACUUUGUUUCCAACGCCCAAGAACACUGGCCUUGGGCAACCCCGGAGCUAAGGAAACAUGCCAACUUCUUUACGAGCCUUGUGAACUACGUCUCCAAGCUAAACAUAUCGUCGCUUCCCAGCGCUGACCAGAUCUUUGCCACCCGGAUAGCCGCCGUCGUUGCUGAUCUUUGCGCUGUAUAUUUACACUCGGCCAAAGACGCGAAGGACAAGAAUUUCUACAAAACCCUGCUUCCGCUUGUAUCCUGGUACGCCAAGAGUGCUGUUGAUGUCUCUGGCUAUAAUGGCUCCUUGCACGCCAACCUCAAGAGAAACUUUGAGAGCAGGUAUUCAGGGUGUAAACUUGAUGACUUCAAAAGGACAUCAUUGCAGCCACGUACUCUAGGGAGAGAGUAUUAUUAUGAUAUCCAGCUGGGUCAAAAGCUCCUUUCCUACGACUUUGCGUGGAAAGGGUCAAAAAAUCAAGGUUUCGCUGAAGAGUUUGAACGCGCCAAUCUUAACCUGUCUUUGGUUGAAGCGCAAGUGAGCCUCCUGAACAGUUGGAAGUUCUUCGCCAUUGAACACUGCGCGGAUUUCAUCUCAGAGCGUGAAAUCCAGAAGACGAUGGCUUCCGUUGUGAAGAGCUGCCUGGAGGCCAACACGAAUGGAGUCCCUCAGGAGGCCAUUUUUGAGCGAAUUCAGCAAACGAGGGUUGAUUUUGCGCAAAACCUUCUGCAACGCCUCGUUGAAAAGGGAGCAAAGGGCGCCGAGUUUUUCGGCCUGCUUCAGGUAGUAUGGGAGUCUCUACGAAGUCGGCGACCCACGUAUGAAGAUGCACUGAUCAACGACGACUCUGAAUACUAUCGGUCCCUCCUGAAUACCCUUUUCUUAGCCUUGCAAUUCCACAUUGACACCAGCUCGAGGGUAGCGGCUGAAGUCCAUACCAGGAAGGCGGAAUUGUCGUCCGACCUGGGGAUCGUCGUUGAGAUUGUGAAGAUUGUGGUCGCGCAAGGUUUCAGGUCAUUAACAUCAUACCUGCAUGAUCAACCAGAGAAAUGCACACCCAAAGACUUUGCCAUCAUCACGGCGAUUUUGCAAAGCUCGCUCCAAGUGAAGAAUGUCGAUCGCUUGUAUGAGCACAUUGUAUACCACAUUGCCGACAACGAUACAGUACGACACGCGACAUCGUUAUUCUCGUGGUCGGAUCAAUUAGCCGUUGCAGGUGACCCUGUCUAUGGGGAAAUCAGCAUUUCUUUCCUUGCUAAAUUAUCUACCAUACCUAUGUUGGCCGAGCACCUUGCCGUGGAGGGGGUCCUGAGCCAGCUCUCCAACUCCCGCCUAACGAAUGUGCUCCGUCAACCUAAAGGAUUCGGUCCAUUCGACCCUGUUCCAAGAAUAUACACCAUGUGGACAGGCGGCAUCCUCCCUUUAUGCCUAAACCUUCUUUACCACGUCAUCCGCACGGCGCCCGAGGUUGCCGCCUUCCUCAACCAGUUCGAGGGCCAACUUAAACGGGCGGCAUCAUCCUUUGCCUCUGCGCGUACCGCGAGCGCAUCAUCCGCUCACAGGAUCAGCCUGAACAUGGCCUCUGAAGCCUACUCCCUCGCCCUUAUCUCGUUUAUCCUAGGCCGUCUUCGCGAAGCAGGAUCAAGCAUCGGUGUUGAUGCGCAAGCCAUCCAGGAACUGAAGUGGGACAAAGCACAAAUCAAGGAGGACAUAGAAGAGUUAAUCGAACGCCGAGGUAACCUCCGGUUGCGCAUUGUUGCUACGACCGAGAAGGAGGUAGAGAUGGUUCGUCAGAAGCCCAUCAAUGCGGCCUCUGGAGCUGAGAGCCGGUUGGAAGAGAGGAUUGUCAGCGAGCUCAAGGCAACGUUGGCUUGCUUGGGCAGGGACGAGUCGUGA